GGCUUCUUUGGGCGGCGCACCAAGAGGGGCGGAGAGGUGCAACCAGCUCCCUCGUCCCCGCCCACCAGCUCCACUUCCGGCGCGGCACCAUGGCGGCCGAGGUGUCGGAUCCCCUGGAGGAGGAGCUGAGCUGCCAGGUGUGCCUGGAGAUUUACACCGAGCCGGUGAUCCUGAGCUGUAAGCACAGCUUCUGCCGGGGCUGCCUGGAGGCGGUGUGGAGGGAGGCGGAGGGUUACUCGUGCCCGCAGUGCCGGGCGGCCUGGGCGGACAGGCCCCGCCUGGAGAAGAACUUCCAACUGGCCAACAUCGUGGCCGGUUACCUGGCCCUGGAGCCCCGCCACGGCGUCGUGCCCUGCACCUACUGCACCAAGAAGAGGCGCUCGGCCCUCAAGAGCUGCCUGCAGUGUGAGGUGUCCAUGUGCUCCCUGCACCUCCGGCUGCACCAGGACAACGCGGUGCUGAAGGGCCACCCCCUGACCGAGCCGACCGCCGACAUGGCGAUGGCCAAGUGCGCACAACACCAAAAGCUGCUGGAGAUCUACUGCAAGGACGAUGCUGCCUGUGUCUGCAGCCUCUGCGCUUUAAUAGGAAGCCACAAGGGCCACGACUUAAUCAGCGUCAGUGAAGCAGCAAAGGAGCUGAGGAAUAAUUUGGGAGAUCAACAGGAGGAACUCAAGCAAAAAGUUAAAGUUUCCCAAGCUGCUCUUGAAGAUGUUAAGAAAGAGAAGGAAAAUGUUUUGGCAGCAAUAAAGGAGAAGGAAAUAAAUGUUGAGGAGAAAUACGAAGCUCUCAGGAGGCAGAUUGAUGAUGAAGAGAGGAAAGCUUUCGAAGAGCUAGACAGGGAGAAGAUCCAAGUAACAGCAGAGAUCGAUGCAAGGAUCCUCGACGUCCAGAAUGCAGCCAAAGAAUUUGACAAGUCUCUAAUGGAUCUGAACAAUCUGUCAGAAAAGUACGAUGACAUCCCAUUUAUACAGGAAUUUAACUCCAUCACUGCCCGCUUGAAGGAUAUCUCGCUGCCACUCGAGUCGUUGCCUUAUUCUUUGAAUAGCGUGCAAGUGAAAGACCAUAUAAAAUGUUCAGUUGAGGGAAGUGAGGAGCAGAGGAGCAGACAGAUAAUGGUCAAACUCUAUGGCCAAUCACCAACUCUCGAUCCAGAUACAGCAAACCCAUACCUCGUUCUGACAGACAACAAUAGAACAGUGUCAGCAUCGAAUUACAUCCAGGUGUUUCCGAAAAGUACACAAAUCUUUGACCGGUGGCCCCAGAUCCUUGGUGCUAAGGGUGUGAGUUAUGGCCAGUCUUACUGGGAGAUCCAGGUGAAGGAUGGCGACGGGGCCUGGAGCAUUGGAGUGUGCUACAAGAGUAUCAACAGGAAAGGAGAGGGUAAUGACUGUCUGCUGGGGUUUAAUGAUAAAUCAUGGUGCAUCCACUCUGGGCCGGAUGCCUUAUCAGGUCUACACAACGGCAGGAGAAUUGCCGUGAAGGCAGAGAAACCCUCCACAGUUGGAGUGUAUAUCAAUUUUGAAGGUGGGAUAAUCUCCUUCUACAGUGUGCCAGGGAGUGAACUCACCUUGUUGCACACCUUCAAUGGAAGAUUCACUGAGCCCCUCUACCCAGCCCUGCGGGUCCGAAUGGGAGUGACCCUGUCCCUGUCUGUCCUGAAGUGAUUGUUAAAACUCUGAUAUACACUGCAUUCCACCAUUGUGUUCGGUUUCUCUGUCAAAAUUGCCUUCGUCACAAAAAUUUGAACCUACAAUAUUGCAAAAAGUUGGUUUUCCUCACGCUGUUCCUAUUGACGAUGUAAUCAAUCCUUCAGCCCAGGCAUGUCCAAAUCCGGUUUGGUUCUAGUGGUUUACGUGCUAUUUAACUAAACUUCAAUCCUCCUAAAAGGGCCAGUCAGGCAUAAUCUGUAUCUGCUAGAAACAGUCUGGCUUCAAAUCAGGAUGCAUGUAUUUAUUUAAUAUCUUCAUGUGUAAUUUAAUGUUGGUGAAUAUGUUCCUGAAUUUGAAGUGAAUGGAUUGGUGAAAAUCGAACUCCUAUAGGAGAGAAAGAAAUAAGAUCUGGAAAUAAAGAUUAGUUGCAAAAAAAAAA